AUGGGUAUGGAGAUCAAAGUUUGGUGUCUCUCAUGCAUAAUCUUUGGCAUCUUCUUCGUCUUCCAUGGUGAUUCCGCCAUUGUUGAACAGAACCCAGAUAGAGAAAGCUUGGUUUCCUUCAAGAACUCACUUCUAAACAAGCAUAUUCUCUCCACAUGGAACCCCAACACCCCACAUUGUCAAUGGGAAGGUGUUUCAUGCCAACACAAUCGAGUCACAAUGCUCGUUCUCUCACAACAAUCGUUCCAUGGCCCUCUCCCGGACUCCCUCUUCUCUCUUUCCAACCUCAUUGUCCUCGACCUCUCUUCUAAUCAGUUUUCCGGCGAGCUUUCACCUAAAAUAUCCAGUCUCCGGAAACUACGUGUGUUGGAUUUGGGGAAAAACCAGUUUUCCGGCAAGGUACCGAUGGAACUAGGGGAGCUAACUCAGUUGCGAACGCUUGAGCUUGGACCCAACUUUUUUUCCGGCGAAAUACCUAAGGAGAUUGGGAAGUUGUUAAACCUUGAGUCUCUCGACCUCUCUUCCAAUUCACUCACCGGAACAGUGCCGCCGGAGCUUGGAAACCUCCAUAGACUCCGAUCACUUGGGCUUGGUAACAAUUUUCUUUCAGGUUUUCUCUCUCCCACUCUCCUCACUAACCUGAAAAACCUAAUUUUUUUGGAUGUUGCUAAUAACACCCUCUCCGGCCAUAUUCCCCCUGAAAUCGGAAUUCUCUCUAACCUCACCGAUCUUUUCAUCGGAAUCAACAGUUUCUCCGGUGUGCUUCCGCCGGAAAUUGGAAAUCUUUCGAAACUACAGAAUUUCUUCUCUCCUUCUUGCUCAAUAAAAGGCCCAUUGCCGGAAACAAUUGCAAACCUCAAAUCUCUAUCGAAACUUGACCUUUCUUACAACCCCUUGAAGUCUCCUAUCCCAAAAUCCAUCGGACAGCUACAAAAUUUAUCAAUCCUAAACCUCGUUUACUCCGAACUCAAUGGUUCAAUACCUAGCGAGCUUGGAAACUGUAGUAAUCUCAGAACAUUGGUUCUUUCUUUCAAUUCAUUAACUGGGUCUUUGCCGGAAAACCUAUCGCAGCUCCCAAUGCUCUCGUUUUCUGCUGAAAACAACCAGAUUUCCGGUGAGUUACCACCGUGGCUCGGCAAAUGGGACCAAAUAAACUCACUUUUGCUGUCGGGUAAUCGGUUCUCCGGUCAGAUACCACCGGAAAUCGGUAAUUGCUCACUGCUUAAUUUUAUUGGUUUAAGCAACAACUUGUUAACAGGUUCGAUUCCCAAAGAAAUAUGCGACGCUGUUUCGUUAACAGAGAUUGAUCUCGAGAGUAAUCUGCUUUCUGGUUCGAUUCAUGACACGUUUAUAGCUUGUAGCAAUUUGUCUCAGUUGUUGUUGUCGGAUAACCAGAUUAUCGGGUCCAUACCCGGUUACUUCUCGAAGCUUCCAUUGAUGGUUCUUGAUCUUGAUUCCAAUAACUUAACCGGUUCAAUUCCGGUGAGUUUAUGGAACUCAAUAAAUCUGUUGGAGUUUUCUGCUUCAAAUAACAUGAUAGAAGGAAAUCUCCCAAGAGACAUUGGGAAGUCUGUUAUAUUGGAAAGGUUGAUUCUUAGCAACAAUCGACUCACCGGAAAUAUCCCCAAAGAAAUCGGAAUACUUGAUUCCCUUUCCGUUCUUAACCUGAAGUCCAAUCAAUUUACCGGUUCCAUUCCUGUCGAACUUGGGAAUUGUGUUUCUCUCACGACAUUAGACCUCGGUGAUAACAAACUCAACGGGUCAAUUCCGGCGGAAAUCUCCGGUUUACCGGAGUUGCAAUGCUUGAUUCUUUCAAACAACGAUUUCUCCGGGUCAAUUCCGUCGUCAAGAAAGUCAAAGUAUUUCCGGCAAACCGGAAUCCCGGAUUCCAGUUACGUUCAGCACCAUGGCCUCUACGAUCUUUCCAACAAUAAAUUGACGGGUUCGAUUCCGGAUGAACUCGGGAAUUGUUCGGUUUUGGUGGAUCUUUUGCUCAAAGGCAACAUGCUAUCAGGGGAGAUACCGGAAUCUUUAGCCAACCUUACGAAUCUCACCACCUUGGAUUUAUCCGGUAAUCUGUUUUCCGGCGGGAUUCCGGCGGAAUUGGGUGGUGCUUUGAAGUUGCAAGGUUUGUAUUUGGGGAAUAAUAAUCUCUCCGGUGGGAUACCGGAAAGUCUCGGUCAACUCAACAGCUUGGUCAAACUUAAUCUGACUGGAAACAACCUUUCCGGGUCAAUACCCGAAACGUUUAAAAACUUAAACGGGUUGACCCAUUUGGAUUUAAGCAAUAAUCUCCUCAAUGGCAAACUUCCUUCCACUUUCAUGGUGAAUCUAGUUGGGUUUUUCGUGCAAGAAAACAGGAUUUCAGGUUUUUUAAAUGAGUUGUUUAAUGAUUCUGUUUCAUGGCGGAUUGAGAUGAUGAAUCUGAGUAAUAACUUGUUUACUGGUGAAAUUCCUUCGUCUUUGGGGAAUUUGUCGUUCCUGACAUCAUUGGAUCUUCAUCGGAAUGGAUUCACAGGGGAGAUUCCGUCGGAAUUAGGGAAUUUAAUGGAGCUAGAGUACUUAGAUUUCUCAAACAACAAGUUUUCAGGACGAAUACCCUACAAAUUAUGCAGUAUCUCGAAUUUAAACCUUGUGAAUUUGGAGGGAAACGGAUUAGAAGGUCCUGUUCCUCGGAAUGGAAUCUGUAGCAAUACGUCAAGAAUUUCAUUAUCGGGGAACAAAAAUCUUUGCGGUGGAAUCCUCGGAAUGGAAUGCCCCGUUGAAAAAUUCCAAACAAAACCACAGUUUCCAUACAUCUGGGCUUUAAUUUCAAUCGUGAUCGGAACUUUACUGAUCAUCAUCGUCACUCUCUCAAAAAUCUGGAUGAACAGAAUCAGGAAACGCGACAAUUCCGAAGAUGAAGAAACCGAUGUCAGCAAAUUAAACACCAGUUCACUCGAUCAAAAUCUCUAUUUAAUAACCAAUAGCAAGUCAAAAGAGCCAUUAAGCAUCAACAUAGCCAUGUUUGAACAACCCCUUCUAAAACUAACCCUCGUCGACAUUCUAGAAGCCACCAACAACUUCUGUAAAUCAAACAUCGUCGGCGACGGCGGAUUCGGCACAGUCUACAAAGCAAAAUUACCAGAUGGAAAAAUCGUCGCAGUCAAGAAACUAAACAAAUCAAAAACCCAAGGACAACGAGAGUUCUUAGCUGAAAUGGAAACAAUCGGGAAAGUAAAACACCAAAAUCUUGUCCCAUUGUUAGGGUAUUGUUCUUUCGGUGAAGAAAAGCUUCUCGUUUACGAAUACAUGGUGAACGGAAGUUUGGAUCUAUGGUUACGAAACCGAACCGGCGGUUUAGAAAUCUUGAACUGGACCAAACGGUUCAAGAUCGCAAUCGGGUCAGCCCGUGGGUUAGCCUUUUUGCACCAUGGAUUCAUCCCACAUAUCAUUCAUCGAGACAUUAAAGCUAGUAACAUUUUACUCAACGAAGAUUUUGAACCUAAAGUUGCUGAUUUUGGGCUUGCGAGGUUGAUUAGCGCAUGUGAGACUCACGUGAGCACUGAUUUAGCCGGAACUUUUGGUUAUAUUCCGCCGGAAUAUGGUCAAAGCUGGAGGUCAACGACGAGGGGUGAUGUUUAUAGCUUCGGUGUGAUUCUUCUUGAAUUGGUCACCGGAAAAGAGCCCACUGGGCCUGAGUUUAAGGAUAUUGAAGGUGGGAAUUUGGUGGGGUGGGUUUUGAAGAAGAUGAAGAAAGGUCAGGUUGUUGAUGUUCUUGAUCCAACGGUUGUGAAUGGUGCUUCGAAACAGGCGAUGAUCAAGACUGUUCAGAUUGCUGCCAUCUGUCUCUCGGAAAAUCCAGCCAGUCGCCCUAGUAUGCUUCAUGUGUUUAAGUUCUUGAAAGCAAUCAAAAAUGACUUCUUGUGA